UACCAACCUUGACUGAAAUCACUAAACCUCAUACUGAGAUACACUGAACCUAACCCCAGAUCUCACUAAUUAUCACCAGGAAAACCCCUCUCCUCUGAGCCCCCACUAACUAUACAUAGCAUCAACCACCAAAAUGAGCGCCUCAGACAACACCACCAUCUACCAACGCUCCCACGCUCUCAAUUCCACCAGCCUAUGGUAUGCCGCCCUCAGUGAUCUCUUCCCCACCGCGGCAGGCUUCACCGUAGACCUCGAAGCCGGGAUCAUCUCCCCGAUGCGCGAGUCCUACACCCGCAUCACCGUGACUUUGCGUGAGCCUGGGCACGACGAUGCAGCUGAAGCUGAAGUGGGGGCUAAGAACGUAGCCGGCAGGGACGGCAGCCGCAGCCGCAGCGGCAGCGGGACCCUCAUCAUCUUCACCCUCAUAAGCGGCUCGCGCACCCGGGCCACCACGUGCUCGUUCUGCGGGAUUUCCUGGCCGCCGUGCACACAAUCAUGGCCACGACCACUACUACCAACACCACCAUCACUCGCUUCAGCUACUGCUUUCAUCGGCAGGGCCCAUCGUCGGCGCCGUGAUGCUUCCUCGUCUGCCGGUGACGAUGCAGUUCUAUCGGUGGGAUUCGGGCCACGGCGGGUGGGUGUUGCCUGUGGGGCAGGUGUUCGAUGAGGUUGUAGACCGCUGGGGGAUCUUGGGGGUGUUGGUCGAGAUUAAGGGGUUGGUGCUGAGCAGUGGUGGGUUUGGGUUGGGGAGCGGGGUUAAUUGGGUGGAUGAUGAGGAGGAGGUGGAGGAUUUUUUUGGUGGUGAGGGCUUAGACACAGACUGUUCUUGUU